GUUUAAUCUGAGCUGUGUAAUUUACUCCUCGCAGCCUGCGAUGUUGCUCUAGUACUAUCUCCUGCUGCUAAAAUACCAAGAUGCUUGUGAACAAAACAUUUAAAAACCUGCAAUUUGCAGAAUGCAAAGAUUAGUUUAAGAUUGCAAUAAUAUAGAUUUUAAACAAACUCUCCGGUAGAGCACAGCGUCAGAUCCUGAAAUCUCCUCCGGAAAUACAGAGAGGGUUUAAGGGAAUAUUUGAGGAUUUGGCCUCAUGUGGUAGUGUCUCUACCCCGGAAUGGGAGACCUGGAUUCAAGUCCCACCUGCUCCAAAGCUGUAAUUAAACAUCUGAACAGCAGAUCGGUUGAAUACUGAACAUAACACUGACGGUUCAGCUGUGUUUUGUACAGAUCACGAAGGUUGUUUUGAGACAAGCAUGGCUGAUGUACCUCUGGAAGAAGAUGAAGAAGAAUGCCCCAAACUGAUUCCAAUUGAAACCGAUUCCAAUUUGGGGAGUGCACGGAUUCCAGUGACAAUCAUAACCGGAUAUUUAGGUGCUGGGAAAACAACUCUUCUGAAUUACAUUCUAACAGAACAACACAAUAAAAGAAUUGCAGUCAUUCUUAAUGAGUUUGGUGAAGGGAGUGCACUGGAGAAAUCACUGGCAGUAAGCCAUGCAGGAGAACUUUAUGAGGAAUGGUUGGAGUUACGGAAUGGAUGUCUUUGUUGUUCAGUGAAGGACAAUGGUUUGAAAGCAAUUGAAAACCUCAUGCAGAAAAAGGGCAAGUUUGACUAUAUUCUCCUGGAAACUACAGGAUUGGCUGAUCCAGGUGCUGUUUCCACCAUGUUUUGGGUUGAUGCAGAAUUAGGGAGUGACGUUUAUCUUGAUGGUAUUAUCUCUGUUGUUGAUGCAAAAUAUGGAAUGCAGCAUCUGUCAGAAGAGAAACCUAAAGGUUUGGUUAAUGAAGCAGCCAGGCAGAUCGCGCUUGGUGAUCUUAUUAUCAUUAACAAAACGGACCUGGUUCAACAAGAGGAACUGGAAGAUUUGAAAACUGCUGUAAGGUCAAUCAAUGGACUUGCCAAGUUAAUUGAAACACAGAGAUCAAGGGUUGAACUUAGCGAAGUUCUUGAUUUGCAUGCUUUCGAUAGCCAAGCCAGUGAAAGUUUGCAGGAAAAACUAUGCCUUGUGCAGUCAGGCCAGCCUCACCUUGAUAAGAGGAUCCUUACAGUUACAUUUGAAAUGCCUGGCACCAUUCUUGAAGAAGAUUUAAACAUAUACCUUCAGAAUCUUUUAUGGGAAAAAUGUUUGAAAAAUAAGUCUAGCGAUCCAAUGGAUAUUAUACGUUUAAAGGCUAUUGUGUCAAUACAUGGAAAACCACAGCAAGUGAUUGUUCAAGGAGUCUACGAACUAUAUGAGCUGGAAGAAACCUCAGUCAACUGGAAUACUGACUGUGAAAGAAUCAACAGAUUCGUAUUUAUAGGAAGAAACUUGGAUAAAGAAAUUCUAGAAGAACUAUUUUCCUCAACUGUAAUGAAGAGAGGCGAGUCCAGCUGAAAUUUUAAUGGAAAUAUUACAGACAGAAAUCUAUUCUGGAGGAAAUUAUCUUUUUCCUAUUGACUCUGUCCAUUUGUUGAUUUUCAACUGUCUGGUAUGCAUUCAUCACCAGCACCACAGUCAGCCACACCAAAGCAGAUUUCAUCGUCUUUACUGCACGUCAAAGGAUGACGUUACCUGAGAAACAAACAAACCCCCAGUAAUAAAGUCUUUUGACUCUCAACCCGUGACCUGAUUGAGUUGCAAAUAUCUAAUAAUUCGGUGAAUUAUAUUUGCAGAAUAUUUUAAAUGACUUUAUUUGUGAACUUUGAUCUCACCGAUGUCACAAUGUUUGUAGUAAAGAAUGAUUUUUAUUCUGA